GAGGAGGAUGAUGAUGGUGGUGAUGUUGUUGGUGAUGAUGAUGGUGAUGAGAAUGGUGACGAGAACGAGGAGUUGACACCGGAUGCGAGAAGUGACUCGAUAUUCAGUGCCGAGAAUGAGGAUGAUGCUACUCUUGCUGCUUCUGCUUCGCCGAGAAAGAAGCGUGGCAUCAAAAUCACAGAUGAAACCCGAAAGUUCUUGGAAAACGAAAAUAUAUUACGAAGAUCCGGGAGGCAACGCAGAGAAAACAGCGGUACGAAUGCAUCUGAGCAAAGACCCCUAAAAAGGCCUUUAUCCCAUUCCGAAGAAAUAAGCGAUGAAGAAGAGGAGGAAGGAGAGUUCGAAAUUACGCCGAUGUUGCCAAAAACUACACAGAAAUCGUUGAAAGCAUUGCCAAAAAAGAAAGUGCGCAAACAUAGUGCAAAUUCAAAUGGCGACUCGGAUGGAGCUCGGCCAGCUCGAAGAAAUAAACCAGAAGCGCGGAAAAAUCGCAUCAAUUACAGAGAUAUUAGUUCCGGAGAAGAGAUCAAUUCGGACGAUGUGUUGGAAUGGGAUGAAGGUGGUGCAGCAGGUGCCUCGGAGCAGAAUGCUUCUGGCAGCGAAACAAUUGAAAAAGUGCUGCGUCAUCGAGCUGGAUAUCCGGGUGCAACUGGCGCCUCCACAACGCUCUAUAAUGUCGAGGACCGAGGCGACCCGAACGUCAGAUUGGGCGAAGCUGGAAGCAAUGCGGAACUGGAGCGCCAGUAUCUGAUCAAAUGGCUAGGAUGGUCACAUUUGCAUAACACAUGGGAAUCGGAGAGUAGCCUGAAAGCAUGCAAUGCAAAAGGACUGAAAAAAAUUGACAAUUACAUGAAACGUUUAAGAGAAAUUGAAGAAUGGUAA